CAGGUAUCUCGAUGCCCAUUCUCGCGACUCUAAUCGCUCACCAGAACUCCCCAUUCCAACGCGAUGUCUUACGUGUAGAACUCUUGGCCGGGGCAGAGGAAUCGAAUUCACUUUAUGCAUCAUGUCCUCGGUUUUUGGCAGACGAAUGUGGAGUGAAUGAGACCGGAUAAUGCAUGUGCUUGAUGACAAUCCAGAUAUUGCUCUUGCAGCUUCGACCGUGAUAAAUCGCCAUAUCCUUCGCAAUCGCGUCCUAGGGCGGAAACGGUUCAACAAGGUAGUACACUUCAUCAACGACGGCGAGAAUGGCUAUUUCUACGACCCAGACGGGCUCGAGAAAGAAAUUUUGCAGUUGUGUCUUGUUGCAAGCAAUGGACAUGAUCGCUACUGUUCGCUCGUGGAUGGGAACUACGAGGUCGUUCCCAAGACAUCAGCAUGGCCUGUGCAAGACCUGUGGGCGCAGACAGCAUGGCGAAUAGUCGAGGACAACAUCCGUUCUGGAGACGCUCUCGAGAAGACUUCUCGACGAUGUCCGGAAAAGUCUUAUGGUUUCGUUAUCGAGAUCCUAUGCAUUGCGUUUCAUUCCAUUGCUCAUCGAGGUUCUAAUUCGGUUUGGGACGAGAUCAUCAAUGGUCCGCGAGAUACGACAGCGUUGUUGCUAUACGCGCGUCGGAGGCAGACAGGAUUGACGGUAAAUCAUUCUGGGAAGCAAGUAAAUACCUGCACCAGAUCGGGUCCCGAUAUCGACCUCGAGGGAGAAUACGAUGCUUUGCCCAACUACUUUCAGGACAGUGCUUACGAAGGUAGCACAGAGCCUGAAGACAAAGUUUUGUCGAAGCGGUGUCAUGGAAAGAGUGAUACCUUCAUCGAGGCGGGAGCAGAAUUCCUUGUCAAUCUUUGUGAUCCUGCCGUUGAACAUACAAGCACCUGCAAGACAAGCGAGAAGUCGAAGGCGGGAAACCCUCGAAGUCGCAGCAAUCAUGACUUUCGUGAUUUGUACUUGGUGGACGAUUCAGGCAAUGCCAUCACAGGAUACUACACCCGAUCUCAGGUGCGCAAGGAUUGAUCAGCGACUGUUCUCGAUCUUGCGGGACAAAGGAGGCCGCAAAACUCCAUUCAAAUCAUGACAUUGGCUACCUGUUACAAGUCGAUCACACUCGCAGUAUACCUUCUUCAAUCGAAGAG